CUCCAACCAGGAAUCAUGAACUGGCAGUUUUCACUCCUCUUUGUUCUUGGGACUUUAAUGUCUGUAUGUUCCCAGUUCAAUUUUUAUCCUCUGGAGGAGCUUAGCUCUGAUGUUGGAAUCCAGGUCUUCAAUCAAAUAGUGAAAGCUAAGCCUCAGGACAAUGUUGUUGUUUCUCCUCAUGGGAUUGCAUCAGUCCUGGGGGUGUUGCAGCUGGGAGCUGAUGGCAAGACAAAGAAGCAGCUGACAACUAUGAUGAGAUACAGUGUAAAUGCAGCUGGAAGCAAAGAGGAGAGCCAGCAUCAUGAGACCAGCCAGCUCUCCCCGGACCACCAGCAAGUGCUCCGUGGACCACCAGUGGUUCACAGAAUACAGUUUGAGAACCUCUGUUAUGGAGUUGGUAAAGCCUUAAAGAAGAUAAACAGGCUGAUAGUCUCAAAAAAGAAUAAAGACAUUGUAACAAUUGCUAAUGCAGUGUUUGCAAAGAGUGGCUUUAAAAUGGAAGUGCCUUUUGUUACAAGGAACAAAGAGGUGUUUCAGUGCAGUGUCAAGAGUGUGGACUUCGAGGACCCAAAUACAGCAAGUGAUUCCAUCAAUCAAUGGGUGAAAAAUGAAACAAGGGGUAUGAUUGAUCAGGUUGUAGCUCCAGAUGAUAUUGAAGGCAGUUUGACCAGGCUGGUUUUAGUGAAUGCUGUGUACUUCAAGGGCUUAUGGAAGUCACGGUUUCGACCUGAGAAUACGAAGAAGCGCCCAUUUUAUGGAGCUGAUGGGAAGACCUACCAGGUUCCUAUGCUGUCCCAGCUGUCCAUCUUCCGCUGUGGCACUACAAGUACCCCAAAUGAGUUGUGGUACAACAUCAUUGAGCUGCCAUACCACGGGGAAAUGAUCAGCAUGCUGAUUGCACUGCCCACUGAAAGCACAACGCCGCUCUCUGCUAUCAUCCCCCACAUCAGCACAAAAACAAUAGGAAGCUGGAUGACAGCCAUGGUAGCAAAAAGAGUGCAGGUUAUUUUACCAAAAUUUACAGCAGAAGCAGAAACAGACUUAAAGGAACCUCUGCAAGCACUUGGUAUUACAGAUAUGUUUGACCAGUCAAAGGCAAACUUUGCAAAAAUAACAAGAACAGAAGGUCUUCAUGUAUCUAAUGUUCUGCAAAAGACAAAAAUUGAAGUUAGUGAAGAUGGAACCAAAGCCUCUGCAGCAACAACUGCAAUUUUAAUAGCUAGGUCAUCCCCUCCUUGGUUCAUAGUAGACAGACCAUUUGUAUUUUUCAUCCGGCACAAUCCUACAGGUACAAUCUUGUUUAUGGGACAAAUAAACAAACCUUGAAUGUG